AUGCUGAGAGGCAUUAGGGAACAGCCUAAGGAAAGUCCUCAGCCAGCCCCCCGGCAAAUCUUCCAGGAGAGGCAGAGGAUCACCGGUCUGCCUUUGUACUUCCAAGAUUACCUGUCUGUCCGGCACUCAAGAUGCAAGGAAUUUAGAGUGUAUUGGACAGAACUCAGAGGAACUAUGCUUUUCUUUUAUGAUGAUAAGAAAGCCCCAAUGUACUCACAGAAAUUAGAUAUAUCAGCUUUGACCUCAGCAACCAAUGUUUAUCCAGAUGAAAAUGGCUCUGCACACUUCAUCCUGAUGCUGUCAAAUGGGGAACUAGAACUGAAGGCUAAUGACAGUGAAAGUGGGAAAGAAUGGAAGUGUUUUAUUCUCACUGUAACAAAGCUGUCAGUUCCACCAGACGAGUCAUUACUACCUGGGCAACUUACAAGAAUGCAUGAAGUGCUAGAGAAGGAAAAGAAAAGAAGGAUUACACGUAACGAUUGUUCCAGCACAUCCUUGAACAGAAAAAGCCCCCCCAGCAGUACAUUGACUACUAUGCCAGUGUGCUUCUAUGCAGUAUCUCGGCAAGAAGCAACAGAGAUGUUAGAAAAGAACCCUUCAUGUGGGAAUUUGAUCUUGCGCCCGGGCAGAGACAGCAAGAACUACGCAAUCACUAUCCGACACGAGCUGGAUGCCCCACACUUAAAGCACUACAAAGUGAUGUCCAAAGGAACGAGUUACAUUAUCGAAUUGGAAAGACAGGUGACACUCCCAAGCCUUCAGGAUGUUGUCAAUUACUUUGUCACCCAAACCCGAGGGAAACUGAAGCCAUUUGUCAUACGGACGCACAGUGCAGAGGACCCAGUGAACAGUCCUGCUAAAAGAAAGAGGCACAAGCAGCAGCACAGGAACUCCGUACUACUGAAGAUAAACAGAAGGCAUUCCCCAAGCUACUUAGUUUCUAGAACAGCUUUGUUGGCCCUAAACCAAGAAUAUGAUGCAGUUUCUCCCAGAGAAACUUCUGAGAUUUGGGGAGGGCAAAUAACCCCAAUUCCUGUAGAAGAUUAA